GCCUCACUAAGAGUCACCAUACCACCCUAAAUUGAAAGCUUUUCACAUCUCAAUUUGGCGGUAAGUUAAGGUCAAUUUAAUAAUUUUAAUACAAAGCUUCAAACUUAUGCCAAGCACUGUCUUUGUCCUUGAUAUGGCUUAUUGGGUUCCAUUUGAAGCAAUAUGAUGUGGUGGAGAACGUGACAAUACGGUACUAGGGUUCUCACCGUAUAAAUUCCACCCAGCAGCCCUUCCGCCAGCUAUGGCUCUGCUCUAUUGACACCUUGACGGCAUCGCUAGAUAUCGUCUACUAUUAUUCUUCCCCUCUCACUGGGGAUUACGAGCAUUAUCUCCUCAUUGCUCCGUAAUUCUGCCUCUAUAUUCCAAGGGUAUUCAGAUAUGGCGAACAAGAAGGCCCCGCAGCAGGAGAUGGUCCAGGUCGACCAAACCGAACGGAUAGCAUCGCCUUUCUGGAAAACCCGAUCAUCGUCGCAGCAACAGCAAAAACUCCAUGGAGUAAUUGACCCAAAUACAGUCAUCGGAGCAUCUUACUCCCAUGCGGACAUGGUGAGGACCACAUCGCCUUACACGCGACAGCACGUAUCACCAAUGUCACCACGUACAAGUAGCAAUAACCGGAGUAGUAGUUCUACCCACUUGACAGAACCAGGUGGAAUCGCACCCCCAAAUCGUCAACCGUAUGCGAGCUUAAUGGCACAACCCGGAGAAGAUUGGAGCCAUGAUGACGAUGGAUACGAAGAUGAGCUUUUCUAUGAUGAUGAUGAGGACGAGUUUGGGCUUCCCAGCGUUACGAGCAUGCGAAAAAAAGGAGCGUCUCGAUAUAAACUCCAGACAGCAGGGGGUGAUGCGCGAGGGGGUUCAAAGAGCCGUAUAAAUGGCUCAUCAACGCUAAACCCCAAUCUACCCUCAGCCAGACUACGCACGAAUAGUUCUGAUAUUGCAGAGGAAAGGGGUAUACUCAGUUACCCAACGGCAAAAAAGACGGAUGGCAAGAUUUUGCGUCCACAAUACAAGGAACUAUUGACUGAUCCUGCAAAUUCGCUCCACUUGAUUAACCACUCUCCUCCUCCGCCUAACGGAACCCCUAAAGAGCUAGAGGUUCACUCAAGCCGUAUAAGCAGAAUCAACAAGUUCAAGCGCAUUCUCCAAUCAAGUACUGUAUCUCUUCCAGAGCUUCGCGACCUCGCCUGGUCUGGCGUUCCCGAUGAGGUUCGAGCGAUGACUUGGCAGCUUCUGUUAGGAUAUUUGCCAACGAAUAGUGAGCGUCGCGUAGUCGCCCUCGAGAGAAAGCGAAAAGAGUAUCUUGAUGGUGUUCGACAGGCUUUUGAGAGGGGAAACUCAACCGUGGAUAAACCCAGCGGUGCGGUCUCCACAUCUAAUGGUGGGACUGGAAGAGGCUUGGAUGAAGCUAUCUGGCAUCAAAUCAGUAUUGAUAUUCCUCGUACAAACCCUCAUAUCCCAUUAUAUGGGUACGAGGCAACGCAAAGGUCACUUGAAAGGAUCUUAUACGUGUGGGCUAUUCGGCAUCCGGCGAGUGGAUACGUACAGGGGAUCAACGAUCUAGUCACGCCAUUCUGGCAGGUCUUUCUAGGGACAUAUAUUACGGAUCUUAAUAUAGAGGAGGGGAUGGAUCCCGGACAAUUACCAAAAACUGUUCUUGAUGCCGUUGAAGCCGAUUCAUUCUGGUGUCUAACGAAACUUCUCGAUGGUAUUCAAGACAACUAUAUAUAUGCUCAACCAGGUAUACACAGGCAAGUUGGAGCACUUCGCGAUCUCACGAUGCGAAUUGACUCCACGCUAGCAAAGCAUCUCGAACAGGAGGGUGUUGAAUUCAUGCAGUUCAGCUUCCGCUGGAUGAACUGUCUUUUGAUGAGGGAGGUAAGCAUCCAGAACACUAUAAGGAUGUGGGAUACAUAUAUGGCCGAGGAACAAGGUUUCUCCCGAUUUCAUCUUUACGUGUGUGCAGCAUUCCUUGUCAAGUGGUCAGACCAGCUCCUUAAAAUGGACUUUCAGGAAAUCAUGAUGUUCCUCCAAGCUCUUCCCACCAAAGAUUGGACCGAGAAGGAUAUUGAGCUUUUGUUGAGUGAGGCGUUCAUAUGGCAGAGCUUGUUUCAAGAUUCGAGUGCCCAUCUCCGAACCAGCACUGGAACGCCCUCAGGCCCGGGUUGACCGGUUCGAUCUGUACCAGCAUUUGCCGCGGGCCAUAAGUUGACAUGGUGUUCAUAUACAUCGAUUUUUUGAGCCCUUGGGUUUGAGUUUCCUGUCUUCGAGAGAUCAACUGAAGUGUAUACCCUUCUGAUUAAAGGCCCACAAGAGUUUGAGGAACUCGCCUUCAUCACACAUUCGUGCGCGUUUGUCUGCAAGACCCGUUUCGACCUCAAGAACCUGUCUGACUUUCUCCCGGACGAGUUCCCGUACUUUUCCUUUCUUUUUGCGGCCUGGAUUCUCCUUCGAUGGAUUCGAAUUAAGUUUUGGCUUGUCGUCCGCAAAGAACUCCGGUACAUCUCCGUCAUCGUCGACGUCCAUAGCGCCAUCUAGUUCUUCCUCCAGCUCUCCUUGCUCCUCCAUUGUGUCCAUCAGUUCAUCCUGGAGUCCCUCUACAGGGCCAUCUUCGACUGGAAUGUUAUUCUGGGCACACCAUGUUCGGUAAUUCGACUCCAGCAUAUCAAGGACACUAGUGGUACCAAGAAAGCUGGAUCUCAUCGUCUUGUUUUUCCGCACAAAGGCAACUCUCAAAAGGCCAUCCCAUUCAUCAUAACUGAUUUGUGGGCGCGGGUUCUUGGGAACAAUGCGGACCACGCUCGAUUCUACGGCGGGAGGCGGCUUGAAGUUAUUCUUCCCGACUUUCAUGAUGUGGUCGAUUCUUGCCCACAUUUGAGCAUUCACAGACAAACGGCUGUAGAGCUUAUCGCCAGGUUUGGCGAAAAGGCGCAUUGCGAAUUCUCGUUGGAACAUGAGAAUGCAUACUCGUGGUGCCGGAUCGAUAGCGAGGAGUUUAAAGGUUAGGGGAGAAGAUAUCUAUAUAUAUAGUUACAUUAUUAUUAAUCUCUUCUGUUCAAAAGGCUUAUAAUAUGUAUCAACCAAGAUAAACUUUACCUGGUAAGGAGUGUUGCUGAUGCAGACAUCAAAAUACGGAAGAUCCGUUUUGAUCACGUCACCUAGUAGAACUUCAAGUCGCUUUUGUUCUGGCUUCCCUUGCACUCGCUUCGUGACUUCGGCAGCCAUUCGCGGGUCCAACUCGACAGCAAUGACCUUCUUCGCCUUUUCUAGUAUUUUGACAGUCAAGUUACCUGUCCCAGGACCAAUCUCAAGGACGGUCUUAAAAAAACACUUAGUAAACGACAUUUGAAAUGUACAAAUAUAUAUAUAUGGUGUCGGAUAGCGUAUACAUCACUUUGUUUUAGAUCCGCUUUGUCCACAAUAGCCUGAGCAACACCUGGAUUUUUUAGAAUGUGCUGGCCAAUGUCUGUAUUCAUGCGAAAUACAUUGUUUGCGGCCUUGGUUUUGGCAGCAGCUUGGGCAUACGGGCUGGCCUGGGAAGCGUUAUUGCGCUUUUUCGACGGGGCUUUCGGCAUUUUUGCUCUGCUCAGCUGUCGGCCACAAAUAGUCGGAGUAGUGGGAAUAGUAAUUCGUGGAC